UGAAGAUGAUAUUAAUCAAUUGUUUUAUUUAAAUGAUAAUAUGAAACAAAAACUUGGAAAAGAGCUUCAAUAUUUUAUUGACGAAAUAAUAAAUAAUUUACUUGCAGAAAAAUGUCAAGACCCAAAUGAAAUUAAUAAGCUUAUUGAAAAGCAAAAUAACACGACUAAUAAAAUGAAAAAUGCACACAAU